CAUCAGUUGUUCUCAUCGGAGGAAUAGAUUUCUCCGGCGUGCGUGCAAAGAGGUUGAAGAGAUGGAGGCAGCUUUGGGACUUCUCAGGAGAAUGCCGCCGAAGCAGUCGGAGACGGCUCUCUCUGCACUUUUAAGCCUCAUUCCUCAGCAUUCUUCCGAUCUUCUCUCUCAAGUCGAUCUCCCUCUUCAGGUGUUACGUGAUAUAGAAAGUGGGAAAGAUUUCAUCUUGUGUGAGUACAAUAGAGAUGCAGAUUCCUACAGGUCACCUUGGUCGAAUAAAUACCUUCCUCCGCUAGAGGAUGCUCUUUACCCGUCGUCAGAAUUAAGAAAGCUCGAAGUUGAAGCCAACGAUAUCUUUGCAAUCUACCGUGACCAGUAUUAUGAAGGUGGUAUAUCUUCAGUCUACAUGUGGGAGGAUGAUAAUGAAGGCUUUGUGGCAUGUUUCCUUAUUAAGAAGGAUGGGUCAAAGUCAGGUCAUGGUCGGAGGGGAUGCCUGGAGGAAGGAGCGUGGGAUGCCAUACAUGUUAUACAGGUUGGUCCAGAGGAGGAGGAAAUGGCACAUUAUUGCUUAACAAGUACUAUCAUGCUCUCUCUGGCCACAGAUGAUGAGUCGUCGGGCAAAUUCGGCUUAUCUGGAUCAAUUAGAAGACAAAUGAAAAUGGAUCUAGCAGUAGCUGAGGGACAUCUGUGCAAUAUGGGGAGAAUGAUUGAAGAAUUGGAAGGCAAACUGAGAAACUCACUUGAUCAGGUAUACUUUGGGAAGACAAGAGAAAUGGUUUGCACAUUGCGUCCACCAGCUGAGUUAGUACAGAGGAGAUUACCUGACACCUGAUAUGCUCCUCCCAUCGCCCUUUAUGUCAGAACAACAUAUCAAUAUCUCCUCGCAUUUUGUUUGUUUGUUUGUAUUGUUUUGUUUUCGCAUUCGUCUGAUUUCAAACGCUUUACCCUCGUGUGGUUUGUGUGUAUGCCUCUUACUUGGUCUAAAGUGUUUUCUCGGACUUCACCAUCAUGUAACCAUCUUUUUCCAUAGAUAUGCAACUUUUUAAAGCUAGUAUUA